AUGCGGUCGUUUAGGAAGUUACUCUUGUUGUACAUCGCUGCGCCCUUUUGGACGGAGAUAAAUGGGAGUUUAAUCGAGUUAAACGAAACAACGUACGCGGCCCUCCCGCCACUUUAUGCUCUAGACGAGUGGAACCAAUGCCAGGGCCCUGAAGACGUGUACUGCAUGGUGGAUGCCGUCCUGGUCUCCCGCUCACCGUCACCUUUGCUACAGUUGCUUAAGGAUUAUUCAACGCAAAUAUUGAAGCACUACAAUAGAACGGUAGUACAUCGAGGCGUGUGCGUGUCACAGUGCGGAUCCGUGAACAGUGAUGGCGACUGGCGUGAUGCAGCACAGCUUUGCGUCAACCAGAGUGUGCUUCAGUAUGGACUUGAGGCGGAGGUGAUAUCAGCAGAGUGGUGCAGUUCAACGAACUCUGAGCGACCGACCAGCGCAGCGAGAUUCCUUGCAGUAAUCUGCAUUGCAUUACUAGUGCUGGCCGUAUUGGCCACUUGUUUGCAUAUCCUGGGUGAAUGCUGCACGGCUGUUGAAGGCAACAAAUACCUUUUAGCGUUUUCUAUAAAGCGUAACUGGGCAAUAUUGAAAUACGACAGAUUGAAACCUCGCACCGAUGAUCGUAUGAAGGACCUAACUUCGAUGGAAGGCAUCAGAUUUAUAGGAAUACAGUGCGUUAUUUUUUCGCACGUUUUAUUGGUAUAUGUUUAUUCCUAUAUUGACAACCCACAGUUUGUCGAAAAAAUGUACGAUCAUUUCGUUUGGAAGAUGGUUUUGAAUUCACCUCUCUGGCUCCAAGCUUUCUUCUCUCUAUCCGGUUUCCUCACUGCUUAUUCAGUGCUCAUUUGCUCGGAAAGAAGCCCCCUGACAUUUGGAAAGUGUUUGCUAUCUAUUGUUAAUAGAUGGAUCAGAUUAACACCAAUAGCAGUGUUCGCACUUUGGUUCACAAUAUCAUGGUUCCCACUGCUGGGCUCGGGUCCACAGUGGUCGUGGCUCGUCAGGCGCGAGGCUCACGACUGUGCAGAGCGCUGGUGGUACCAUGUACUCUACGUGCACAAUCAUUUGCCGCUUGGCAAAAUGUGCAUGGGACAUACUUGGUACCUGGCAGCAGACAUGCAGCUCCACAUAUUGGGAAUGGUUACACUGCUGCUAAUCAUGCGCUGUAGAAAGAUCAUAUCAUGGGUACUGGGUUUUCUUGUGCUUGCGUCUGCCCUGGCUGCCGGUGUCGUCACUUACAUCUUCGAGCUCACGCCUAUCAUUACAGCCCAGUCUCCUGAAAUACUACGGAAUUUAUUUGGUGGAUCUAAAAUUUUGCCGCUUUUAUAUUUACCUAGCUGGAUGAAUUUAGCGGGAUAUAUCGGCGGAAUCGCCACGGCUUUUAUAUUCUAUUAUAACCAAGCUCAUGGUAUAAAAUUAGCCGAUAAUAAGCCAUUCAAUAUUUUGUUCCACGCGUCUCUUACUUUGGGAGGAUGCGUGGUGAUGAUGGGGGUGGUGUUCCUGGCGGACAUACCGCCGCCUCAGUGGCUGUCGGCGCUCUACGCGGCAUUGGACAGAACUUUAGUGGCGAUAUGUUUUAACAUAUUCAUGUUGGGCUGCUUCAGUCGGUGUAAAUCUCUAUUCCGCGACCUGUUAGAGUGGAGAGGCUUUCAUCUCCUCGGAAGGCUGUCGUAUUGUGCCUAUGUAAUUCACUUCAUCAUUCUUCGCCUCACGCUCGCCAGCAACACGCAGUUGGGUCAUGCGUCUGUACUUUCCAUGGUAUCGCUUCUGAUAACAGCAUCAGUGUUAACAUACAUAGUGUCAAUUCCCUUGUGUCUUAUGGUGGAGUUACCCAUGAUACAGCUGUGGAAAGCCAUAAUGGGAGUCGAGACAAGUGUAAGGACCUCGCCCAUCGUUCCACCUCCACAGGAAACGGCACCAACUCCGCAGAAAUUUGAUUUAGUUGCGCAUAUUAUGAGACCUAACGUGGUUUAA